CUAACUUCUUAUAAAAUGGAGACAUCCUGGUUCGAGCUUGACAACUUGCUACUCAUGGAAGGACUCGCAUCUUGUGCUUCCUCCUCCUUACUUGUCCCUUUACAUCAUAAAGCCUCGCCCCCCCUCCAGAAACUCGUCCACUUGAUCCUCCAAACCCGAACUGAGGACUGGGUUUACUCCAUCUUUUGGCGACCCUCGAGAGACGAACACGGUGGUCUCGUCCUCACCUGGGGCGACGGCCAUUUCCAAGGAGCUACGAGGGACCAACUGGCAUCCAAACCCACCAUCGAAAGGGUGCUCGAGGAAGCCCAAUGGCUGGAUGAUAAGUUCGGUCACGGCAACGACAUCGGCGACCCUGAAUGGUACUACAUAUUGUCGGUUAUGAGGUCGUAUUCAUCCGAAGACGGCCUUCUAGGGACAGCAUUUCGCUCAGGAGGUCACGUCUGGCUGAGUGGUGAAGACGGCCAUGGGCUGGAGUUGUAUGAGUGUGAUGAGAGGAUUAAAGAAGCAAGAAUGUAUGGCAUCAAGAGCAUAGCGUGCAUAUCAAGCCCUGAUGGUUCUGGGGUUCUUGAAUUGGGCUCCUCGGAGAUCAUCAAAGAAGAUUGGAGCCUAGUUCAUUUGGCCAAGUGCUUCCUCUUCCCUUGUCAUUUCUUGAACCCUCCAGUCCAUCCUCGUGGAGAGAACCAAUCCAACGAUGCCAAAGAAGAAACGGCACUUGUCGGUGUCGCAAAGCGUCCAUUUGCUAAGCCUGCCGGCAUGUCAUGUCAUGACAUGUCUAAGAAGAGCGGUAGGAAGGAAAUAGUUGACGACGACGAUGAAGAAUCACCAUUGUCGCCGUCGCUGCGAGGUCCCUCGAGCCACGUGAAGGCAGAGCGGCAGCGGAGGGAUAAGAUGAACCAGCGGCUCUACGUGCUCCGUUCCAUCGUCCCCAACGUGUCGAGGAUGGACAAAGCGUCCCUCCUUGCUGAUGCCGUCGACUACAUCAAGGAACUCCGGUCCCGCGUUGAUGCAUUGGAGUCCAAGCUCGUCAAGUCCAAGCCGUCGCCUCCAAAGCGACUCAAGAGUAAAAGGGCUGUCGCUGACGUGACUGAGUCAAGGUCGCUUUGGAGCAAGAACGGUACGGCAAAGGCCUCGACCAUGUUGGCCGCCCCGGGGCCGAGAGAGAUGGCGGUGGAGGUGAAGGUGUAUGGGCGGGAGGCGGUGGUCCGGGUCCGGAGCCCGAAUCUGGGGCAUCCGUGCGCGAGGUUGAUGGACGUGUUCAAGGAAUUGGGGCUGGAGGUCCAACACGCGAGCAUGUCGUGCAUGAAGGAGAUGAUGGUUCAGGACGUGGUGAUUAGGACUCCGGUCGACUACUGGGUGAGCGACGAGUCCAUGGGAGAUGCCAUUUCGGGUAAAUUAGGCAAGGUGAUAUAG